AUGUAUAGAAAUUAUGACGAUUUUGACUCAAAGAGUUUGGCCUCCAAUCCAUACCUGAUUCAAGUGAACCAUCAAAUCGACCGCAAGAGACCAGAUGUGACACAAUUUCACAAGAGUUGGCUUCACUUAAGUAGCCACCGAUUGUCACCAGAAGUGGUUCCGUUCCUAUUGUCAGACAUCGGCGAAGGUAUCGGCGAAGUGACUGUUAAGGAGUGGUACGUGAAAGUCGGCGAUACUGUCCGUCAGUUCGACAGUAUAUGCGAAGUACAGAGCGAUAAGGCGUCGGUCACUAUCACCAGUCGAUACGAUGGUGUGAUCCGAUACAUCCAUUACGAAGUCGAUGGCAUCGCAAAAGUGGGCAAACCAUUGGUCGACAUCGAAAUGGCGGCCAAUAAUGAUGAACAAAUGGACGCCGUUUUGGACGACGAGACCGACAAAUCGUCACACAUUUCUCAGACCACGACUCAAGACAUAUCAUUUCAAACAACAGACAAAGUAUUGACAACUCCUGCCGUUAGAAGACUCGCAAACGAACACAACAUUAGACUGAAUGAAAUUUCGGGCACCGGAAGGGAUGGACGCGUUCUCAAGGAGGAUGUCUUGAGUUAUAUCGAGAAUAUCAACAAAAAGGGUAUUGUGUCUAAUGAGGAAAAGGUUGCGCAAAGUGUGGCAAUCGAUUCCCACAGAACUCAACCGAAAUCACCGGUUAAACCGAAACUCAAGGACUCAAUGAUCUUAAACGACAGAACGGAACCGCUUAAAGGGGUCGUAAAAGCGAUGUCAAAGACUAUGACUCAAGCCUUGAAUAUUCCUCACUUGGGUUUGGGUGAAGAGAUUGAUGUCUCAGAAUUGGUUCACUUGAGGGCACAACUCAAACAGGUGUCCAAAGAGCGAAACAUAUCGAUAUCUUAUAUGCCGUUCUUCAUUAAAGCCGUGUCAAUGGCUUUACACGAGUACCCAAUCCUUAACUCUUCAGUGGACGACAAGUGCGAAAACAUAACGUAUAAGACGUCCCAUAAUAUCGGUUUAGCGAUGGAUACAAAACAAGGGCUUUUGGUGCCAAACAUUAAGAAUGUGCAAAAUCUGACCGUUUUAGAGGUCGCGGAAGAGUUGAAUCGUUUGCAACAAAUCGGAGCUAAGAAUCUCUUGAGUGGCGAAGACCUAUCCAACGGAACCUUCACUCUCUCUAAUAUAGGAUCCAUCGGUGGAGUCUUUGGCAUACCUGUGAUAUUACCACCAGAAGUGGCGAUCGGAGCGCUGGGAGGUAUUAAAGUGGUGCCAAAGUUUGGUAGCGAUGAGAAGACUAUAGUGAAGGCACAGACAAUGACAGUGGUCUGGAGGGCUGAUCAUAGAGUGAUCGACGGCGCGACAAUGUGUCGCUUCUCCACACUCUGGAAGCAAUAUAUAGAAAAUCCUUCCCUAAUGUUAUUGCAUUUGAAAUGAAUAUUUGGUUUCUACUAAUUUUGUUGACAAUUUAUUAACCAAUUAUUUUUUGAUACGUUAUAUUAAAAACAGUUUUUAUAUUAGUUUAAUAAAUAACACA